CGUUUUCUCCCCCUCCCUGCUGCGCGGCACGUGCCGCUUUUCUCGGCCAAUUGGGGGCGUGGCCGAUGCAGGUCACGUGCCUUUGUUUGCCGCUUUUGUGGGGAGCGCUGGGCGGUUAGGAGCUGAGUCUGUGUGUAGCCGCCGCAGUGACAGGAGCAGUGCUCACCUAUUGGAGUUCCUGCAGCAAAUUCUUUUGGAAUCUACUUUAGCCAUGGCUUCUUCUGACAUUCAGGUGAAAGAACUAGAAAAACGUGCUUCUGGACAGGCAUUUGAAUUGAUACUUGGCCCUCCUUCAAAAGAAGCUGUUCCAGAGUUUCCCCUCUCUCCUCCAAAGAAAAAAGAUCUCUCACUGGAAGAAAUUCAAAGGAAGCUAGAAGCAGCAGAAGAAAGGCGCAAGUCCCAUGAAGCUGAAGUGUUGAAGCAGCUAGCUGAAAAACGAGAGCACGAGAAAGAGGUGCUGCAGAAGGCAAUUGAAGAAAAUAACAACUUCAGCAAAAUGGCAGAGGAAAAGUUGACCCACAAAAUGGAAGCUAUCAAAGAGAACAGAGAAGCACAAAUGGCUGCUAAACUGGAGCGCUUGAGAGAGAAAGACAAGCAUAUUGAAGAAGUACGGAAGAACAAAGAAGGGGGGAAAGAAUCUGGUGACAACGAAAGCGACUGACUUCAUCAUGGAAACUGACUUUCUCCCCUUUGUCUAAAUAUCCAAAGACUGUAUUGGCCAGUGUUUUUGUUAAGUUUCUAGAAAACUGAUGUAGAGCUUUAUAGUUAGAUCCAACUGUACACAUGCUUUGGGGAGCUAGAGGGGAGCCCUUUUCAUGUUCACUCUUUUUCUAAAAUGUUGUCUUUCCAGUGUAGCUAUCUUGUUGCAUUUCUUCUAUUCCAGUGCAUUUGUUCCUGGAUUGAUGGCUAGUGCUGUAUUCAGCUCUGACAUAUUUGUGAAAGAAAUAUGUAGUGUAAUGCUCAUGCUGAAUCUGUUACACUUCAGAAUCUGUCGGUUUUAAACAUAUUACUGUAACCAAGUGACUUAAUAAAAGCUGCACAGUGCUGUUAUCACAGGUGACUGUUUCUGAGACUAGCAUGACUAAAUAUGCAACUUGGGCAUAGCUAUGGCUAGAACAUUUUGAUGCAAUAAAGAACAAAAAAUGCUUGCAAGCAAUAUA